GUUCCACCAUGCGGUGUCCAUCACCAAACAAAAGGUUGUGGGAUAGCUUGCCUAGCGAAAUUCGCCUUCUCGUCCUCCAAAGUUUGACGCAGGAUGGCUCCUCGCUAGCUUGCCUGGCCGCCGUAUCCCGAGCGUGGCAGACUGACGUUGAGCGAUACAAUUUUUCUCGCAUCAGAUUAACCCCCUCGCGCCUCAUGGACUUUCGCUCCAUGAUCCUUCACAAUCAGGGCCUCGUGCGCUACAUCUGGUUCUUCUUAGAACUAGAUGAAUAUGAUUGUACGCAGUGUGCGCCUAGAGGCGGUAUGGUCACAACCGAAGAGAUGACAGCGGCAUUGACUGUUAGCGACACAGAACACCGUUCUAUUACCACAGCCUUCCAGGGUUUAUUCUCGGUUCUCAGUGAAUGGGAUCAAGACAGCACCUUAAUGCUUGACAUUAGCAUUUACUCGCCCAGUGACGCUCAACAUUGGUUUCCCUACCUAACCCUUAUGCCUCAUAGCCCUUCCAAUAGGCUAGAGGGCAGUGGCCUAGAGCUGACCACAAUAACCCAAAGCUAUCAUGACCCUCCUCACGGUUGGGUUGCUGGUUUCAGACAGUCAGCUCCUCAUCCGGCAGCGGUCCGUAAAGCUUUCCAUUUUAUUACCGAAGAGGAAGCGCCUGAUGAUGACGACGAGUCAGAGUUCCAAUGGUGGGAUCAGCUCCCUUCAGUCUCCUCCGUUACUAGUAUACUUCUCCGGCAACAAAGCCGCCGUAGAUGGGAGCCAGGAGCGCUGACCCAUAUGCUGGCCCGUUUCCCCCGAUUCCAGGAAAUCCAUUAUGAGCCCUGGAGAGAAUGGGAUGACUUUUCCCAGCGCAUUACAGAUAAGGAAUAUGUAUCUCAUUUUGAGUCGAUCCACUAUGGCCACCAUCUUCUUAAAAGGUUGGUAGUCUUUGAGAACUUUAACCAACAGUAUCCAGUAUUUAUGCAACGAUUUCUCGACGGGGAGGAUUUGUAUGGCUGCGACAGUUUUCGUAUACCAUCCCCAGCUGUUGGCCGAAUGAUUGCACUCGCCAGCCUCCCGCUAGAGCAUCUCGCCGCCUCCUUUAUUAUAGAUGCUAGUCAUUUCUUCGCUAUCGACUCCUCUUGGGAAUGGCCCAACCUAACCUCGCUGGUAUUGACUGCCCAACUCCUUAAGCCGGAAGAGGAUUCCACCAAGAUAGACGCUCUACUAGAGGCAGCGGCGGUGGCGGCCCUCAGGAUGCCACGGCUAGAAACCCUGGAGAUUUGGAACGGACGAAAAGGGUUGGCAGCGCUCUUUCAGUAUCGCAGGAUCCGUUGUGCACGGCAAGGCAGGAUUCUUUGGAGGGGCACAUGGAAAUAUCACAUAACACCCUCUGUACUGCACGCUUGGGAAGCCGUCGGACAUCUCCAUACCAGUUGAAGACUCGAUGUGGUCCAGGAACAGGUGGAUGAAGCAUCCAUACAGUCACAUGGCGAUGCCUUGCACCACCUAAUUCUCUC